AUGGCGCAUCAAGGCGACGGCAGCGCGGGAGCAGGCAACGAGGCUCAAGCAGCGGCAGCAGCGGCGCCCGUGUCUGACACGUACGCUGCUUACUACCAGAACAUGGCGGUGCACUACGCGGAGCAGCAGCGACUGGAGCAACAGCAGCAGCAGCAGCAGCAAACGGCGGCGUAUGGGCAAGGCUCGUCGUAUGAUGCUUGGUAUGCAUACGCGUAUCAGCAGCAACAGCAGCAACAGCAGCAACAGCAACAGCAGCAGCAACAGCAGGCUCAGGAAGUGCAGGAUCCAGCAGCAGUGGCAGCAGCAGCCGCAGCAGCAUACGCACACUACUCUGCAUACCCCUAUCCAUCGCCCCAGGCCUAUCCUCCCGCUCCCCCUUCCGCCCCAACCCCUCCUCCUGGGGCCCCGUCCCCCCCCACUCCCCCCACUGACCAACCGGACGACAUUGCUCCCCCUGGCGCGGAACCCCUUGCUGCGCCUUCCGCCACCGCCGCGCCCACCUCCUUCCCCUCCCCCUAUUACUACACCCCCGGAUCCGCCCUCCCGCCUCCUCCCCCAGCAGGCGGGGCGGAACCCGCCCCACCUCCGCCCCCGCCCCCUUCUGCGUCCCCGCCCCCACUGCCUCCCCCACCACCCCCCCCUGCACAGCCAGCAGCAGCAGCAGCGCAGGAUGGGGCAGCAAAUUGGGGGUACGGGGGGGUGGCGCAGGAGCAGCAACAAGGUGGGCAGCAGGCCAUGGCGGGUAGUCAAUAUGCACAGCAGCAGCAGCAGCAGCAUGAAGCGGGGGUGGCAGCAGCAGCAUAUGCGCCUGUGGCCCCAGCGGGGGCAGGGGCGGGGCAGAAUGGCAAGGCGGGUCAAGGGGCGGAGGGCAGUGCACCGUACUUCAAAUGGCAGUACACCAAUGCACAGGCUCAAAGAAAGCAGCAGCAGCAGCAGCAGGUGAGGGCAGCGAGCAGCGCUCUGCAGUCCAAGUUCCACAUCCCCUUCAACCCCCGCUUCGCCUCCUCUCCCACCUCCGCCUCCUCUGCUGCCACGGCAGCAGCAGCGGCGGGAGGGAGAGGUGGCAGGGAGGGCAGCAGUGAGCGCGGGGCGGGGGGGCAAAGGGGCGGGGUGGCGUAUGUGUCUGUGGAGGAAGGGGCGGGGAAGAAGGCCACGAGUGUGGACGAGGCUGCUGAUGCUGCCAUCCAGCCGGGCAAGUUCCCCCCGGGGCUAGCAGCGUAUGUGGAGCGGGUGCUGGCACGGUGCAUCACAGCGCAGCACAAGGAGGAGAGCCAGCGACUCAUGAAGCAGAUGAUAACGGAAGCAGCGCGCAACGGCACGCUCUUCACCAAGAACUGGGACACGGAGCCGCUGCCCUCGCUGCUGCACACCGCCCCCGCCCCCACUGCCACCUCAACCCCAUCGAGUGCGCUGCCAUCUGCAUCGUCCCCCACGCCCUCGCGCAAGGCCAAGCGGUCGCGCUGGGGAGACCCGCUCGACCAACCCACCUUGCCUGCUGCUGCCCCCUCGCCCAUUCAAACUUCCCCGUGGUUUCGUGCCUCAAACCACCAGCAGCAGCACGGAGGGCGGGGAGGGAAGGGCAGGGCGAGCAGAGCCAAGGCGCACUCGCUGGCGCUGGCGCGUGCUGUGAGGCAGGGGCGCGCUGCUGCGGCUGCGGCGGCUGCCGCUGGUGGUGGGGUGGGGGUGGGGGGCGGGGCAGUGGAGGACAUGGACUGGGACAUGCUGACCAUCAAGGGCACGUGCAGGAAGGUCGAGAAGAGCUACCUGCGCCUCACUGCUGCUCCCGACCCCUCCACUGUGCGGCCGCUGGACGUGCUACAGGAGGCACUGGUCAUGGUGCUGGCAGCGCACUCGCAGGGGGGCGCGGAGGAUGAGGAGGCGGGGGCGGGGGGGCAGGGCGGCAAGCGCGGGUACCUGUGGCGGUGCGACCAGCUGAAGAGCAUUCGGCAGGACCUCACGGUGCAGCGCAUCCGGAACGAGUUCACUGUGCAGGUGUAUGAGGUGCAUGCGCGCAUGGCGUUGGAAGCGGCCGACAUGCCCGAGUUCAACCAGUGCCAGGCGCAGCUGAAGGGGCUGUACUUGGAGGGGUGGCGCGGGCACAGGGGCGAGUUCCGCGCGUACGACCUGCUGCACAACGUGCUCUCGCAAGGGCCCCGCUACGACCUGCAGCACGCCAUCGCCAGGGUGACCAAGGAGGAGCGGCAGGACAGCACGAUGGCGCAUGCACUGAGGGUGCGCGAGGCGUUCAGCCGGCGCGACUACAGCAAGUUCUUCUCUCUCUACCGCCAUGCACCCACCCUCAUCCACCUCCUCAUGGGUGUGUUGCUCUACGUUCUCACACUCCCACCUUUCUCCCUGCCCAAUCCCACCUUCGCGCCUCCCCUCUCCCUCGCCGACUUCCCCCCUCCAGACAUGCAGGUGGAGAAGCAGCGGUUUGAGGCGGUGCAGAGCAUGGCAAAGGCGUACCGGCCAUCACUGCCCGUGCAGUACAUCUCACACGUGCUGGCGUUCGGGGACAGCCGUGACGACAAGGACGCCGCUCAGCCUGCACAGCCUGCCACACAGGGGGACGGGAGUGUGGAGGGCAGAGGAGAGGAGGGCGGUGCAGCGGUGCAGGAGUGCUGCGAGUGGCUCAAGGCGCAUGGGUGUGUGCUGCUGGCCGAGGACACUGCUGAUCCCCUGCUCGACUGCAAGGUGAGUCACCUGCCCUCCCUCUCCCUCCCAUACACACACACACUCACUCAUCCGCUUUCUACUUUCCUUCCCCCGCUCUUCCUUCGCUCCAUCGUCGUGGUUCCCAAACAAGCACUUCAAGACACACUCGCCAGAGUGCACUCACAAAUGUUAAUCCCCCUACCACAUCCGAAGCUCACACCCCACCCCCCCGACACAUCCUCCCCUCCCGCCACACGGUGGGCGCGGCAGCAGGCGAGCAGUGGGGGGCUGUUCAUGCCAGAGGCGGAGGACGUGGUGCCACACGGUGACGCCAACCUGCAGGUCGACGACUUCUUUGCCCGCCGCCCCGAUGACGACCAAGACGCCUGA